AUGGCGCUACUAGUAGAUAAACACCGGCCACGCAAUCUUGAAGCACUCAGCUAUCACCCCGAGCUUUCAGAUCGUCUACGAGCCCUCGCACAAAGCGGCGACUUUCCACAUCUCCUCGUAUACGGUCCUUCUGGCGCAGGUAAGAAGACACGCAUCGUCGCAACGCUCAAAGAGCUCUAUGGACCCGGUGUCGAGAAGAUUAAGAUCGAUGCACGCGUGUUCCAAACCACCACAAACCGCAAGCUCGAGUUUAACAUCGUCGCGUCCGUAUACCACCUCGAAAUCACACCAUCAGAUGUUGGAAACUAUGACAGAGUAGUUGUACAAGAUCUUUUGAAGGAAGUGGCGCAAACACAACAGGUCGACUUGAGCGCAAAGCAGCGUUUCAAGGUGGUUGUGAUCAACGAGGCAGAUCACUUGACAAGAGAUGCGCAAGCAGCACUCAGACGGACCAUGGAGAAGUACAGUCCCAACCUGCGGUUGAUUCUACUAGCAAACUCUACGAGCAACAUCAUCGCACCCAUCAGGAGUAGAACGCUUCUUGUGAGAGUUGCGGCGCCGACGGAGACUGAAAUUUGCGAUGUUCUGAGCAAAGUGGGCACGAAGGAGGGAUGGAAAGAUGUGGAGAGUCUGAAUCAGAGGAUAGCGAAGGACAGUGGACGUAACUUGAGGAAGGCGCUUUUAAUGUUCGAAGCAGUACACGCUCAGAACGAGAAAAUCACCGACCAAACACAUAUUCCUCCACCUGACUGGGAAGCACUCAUCCAGCAAAUCGCCCGCCAAAUUGUCGAGGAGCGAUCUCCGCAACGCCUUCUACAAGUCCGCGCCUCCCUUUACGACCUGCUAUCGCAUUGCAUCGACUCUACAACCAUCAUAAAAACGCUUACCUGGAAAUUAAUACCCUUGACCGAGGACGCACUGAAGCCUGAGGUUAUCAAGUGGGCGGCAUUCUAUGAGCAUAGGUGUAAGAUGGGCGCUAAGCAGAUCUUCCAUUUAGAGGCUUUCGUCGCAAAGUACAUGAGGUUGUACGAGAGCUACGCCAUGGGUAUCGAUUUCGAUUCGGCAUAA